AUUUUACAACGGAUUCAUUAACAUUGGAGAAAAAGACAACGGUUGAUGCUACUACUAAAGAAUCAACAACCGAAGAGAAGACAACUGAUCAUAUAACAACCGCUGAAUCAACAACGAUAGAGAAAACAACACUAUAUGACACCACUGUGGAACAAACAACGGCGCAGAGCACAACGGUAAUUAUAACAACUGAAGGAUUAACAACGAAAGACAAAAUAUCUACAGUCGAUGGAAUAACUGAAGAGUCCACAACUGAAAUAGAAACAACUGUAGAUUCUACAACGGAUUCAUUAACAACGGAGGAAAAGACAACGGUUGAUGCUACUACUAAACAAUCAACAACCGAAGAGAAGACAACUGUUUAUAUAACAAUCGCUGAAUCAACAACGAGAGAGAAGACAACACCCUAUGACACCACU